AAAAUAUGAAACGAACAAAGGAAACCAUUUUUAGAGAGCAUCCUGAUUGGCAAUAAAGAUAAGGUGUUAGUGGUCUGAAAGAAUUUGAUGGAGAAGAUUUAUGUAAUUCUUUAGCUGUAUAGUUUAGAAUUUGAUUCUCGUAAUAAAUUCAAUAAGGAUCAAUAAAAACAAUGGAUAUUUGAACAAAUCGAAGAGAAAAAAAGGAGACAAGAAUAAGAAAAAGCUGAGGAAAUGGCUUAUGCUUAAUAAACAUUAGAAAUUAAUAGAUUUCGAGGAAUGCUAUAAGAUAACUUUGCAUCUAGGAAAACUGAUAUGGGUGUUGCCACAAAACAAACCAAUCUCUAAUUAGUAAUCAUACAAUUUAAUAAAAGGCUAAAGAGAAAAAAGAUAAAGAAGAAAGAGAAAAAUAAGAAAAAUUGGCUGCAGAACGUGCUGAAAGAGAUCUAUUACUUGAACGGGGUAGAAAGUAACCAUAUAAUGGAUGAUCAUCAU